AUGCACGUCCGCACGUCCUCAACUGAUUUCUCGAGGGCUGCAUGCAUUUUCUGUCGUUCGCCCUUCAUAGCUCCCCGAUUUGAUGCAGUUUCCUCAUCUCCAGUUAUUUCUUUCUUCCUUUCCACUUCCCCCGAGCAACGUCAGCCUCCUUACAUCCGGCCUCGCGGAGGUGUGAACAAGACAGCGAAGCCAUGGGCACUGAAGGGCCGCCUCGGCUUCAGUGACUACCCACAGCUCCUCCACGGGAAAUGGAACAGCAGCAGCAGCAUCUGCAGCAGCAGUGAGAGCGUUGCAUAUUGGCUUCCUCCUUCGCUCCCGAGGAGGCAGGAACACCUAAAUCUGAAGUGGGCCAACCGUACACAGAGCCGGCUGAUAUUUGAAUCUUCUUCUGCAUGUGCGCACCUCACAGCGAAGGAUUUGACGCAAAGAGCCGUCGAGCAGCUCGUGGAGAAGGGAGCGGGUUCAGCCAUAUCUGUAGAUGCCUCCCUUACUGCUAUACUUGAUGCUGUUGUUGCUGCAAAUGCAGCAACAGCAACAGCAGCAGCAGAUGCUGCUUCAGAUUUAUGGGGAGAUGACUUGAGUUCGUAUGAUGACGGCCAGCAGCAGCAAAUACCUGCGCAUACCCUCGAGCCCCUUUUUGCUGCUGCUUGGGGCCUCCCUUCUCGUCGAGUUGCAUUUCUAGAAUUAGACAAACAACGCAUACGCCUUCGGACUAAGACUAAACAGUGGCAGCAGCAGAAGCAAGAGCAGCAGCAGCAGCAGCACCAGCAGCAGCAACUGCAGCACGAGCAGGGUGCUGGCUUGAAACCGAUUAUUUUGCCUCUCUUAGUCCCUCCAGAUGUCUCUGCAGUGUAUGUACACCCCGAAGCUCCACCGUCUGAUGUCAGUGCGAAAACUUCGCCAUCUUCAAUUUCUCUUUUGCUGCUGAGUUGCGCAAAGGCAGCAGACAGAUCGCCGCAGUUCCGGCUGCAGCUGCUGAAGGGAGAGUUGCUGCAGCUGUUACCCAUUAUCAGGAGGCUGCAGCAGCAGCAGCAGCAGCAACUACGAGAUGGCUUUGGUGAAGAUGAAGCUUCUGCAGCAGUGGCAUUGCUGCACUCUGUUGUUGCAGCAGAUGUUUCUGCUGCUUCUUCUGCUGCUCCUACCGUUGUUGCUGCUCGUACUACUGCUGCUGCUGGGGCAGCGGGGGGAAGUGCUGCGUCUUCCUCUUCAGGCGCCGCCUUGUCAGGAAAUGUACUGUCGGAGUUGCUGCUGCAGCUGCUGCAGCACAGUGUAGACUGCCUUGCUGAGAGAGCGCAGCAGCUACCUCCCUCCUCGCUGCUGCAUGCGCUUGGGGCUUUGAUACACCUUAGCACCCAGCGACCGCGAGGUCUGCUGUCUUCUUUGCAAAUGGAGCCGCUGCUGCUGCAGCUGCUGAUAGCCGCACGCCCACCUCUGCUUCAGCAGCAACGCAACCUCAACGAUCUGUUAGCAGAAGAUCAACCAGACGGCAGCAGCAGCAACGCCAGCACCACCGACAGCAUCAUCAGCAGCAGCGAUAGCAGCAGCAGCACCACCCCCUGCACCAGCACCAUCACCACCACGAGCGGCAGCAGCAGCAGCAGCAGCAGCAGCAGCAGCUUGACGGUUUCUUCUGGUGUGGAGUUUCCUCUUCGAGUUGCUGCAUUUGUGCUGCCGCUGUUGGGUUGGCUGCAGCACUGUGGCUCUGCUGCAUUAAGAGAAAACAGCGCUGAUAUUCUUGCGGCUGUGGCUGACUGCGUUGGUGAGCGCAUUGAAGAGUUAGACGCUAUAGAAACCUCCAACAUAAUAUUCGCCGCUUCUGCCUUUGGGCAGCCUCUAGCGGGAGUAUUUGCUGUUUAUGUCGGCCCGGCGUUCGCUUGCGCUUUCGAUGUCUCCGCUGUUAGCCGCCCGUAUCCUCUGUGGACUCGCAGACGCAGGCUUAGAGGUAAUUGCUGCAGCAGCAGCAGCAGCUCCACCAGCAGCAGCAGCAGCAGCAGCUCCACCAGCAGCAGCAGCAGCAGCAGCAGCAGUAGCAGCACUAGCAGCAGCAGCAGCAGCACUAGCAGCAGCAGCAGCAGCAGCACUAGCAGCAGCAGCAUGUUUGUGUUUGCGCAGGUGCGGGCGCGAGACUGCGAAUUUCUUCUGUCUGCAUUUUAUCGUUUGGAGGCCGCCGCUCCAACUCUAAAAUCAUCAUUUGCUGCACAAGCAAUUGAAGCUGCAGCGGAUUUAGAUAUGAAGGGUUUGCCUUUUGCUGCUCUGUGGGAUCGCGUCUGCUGCGCGCUGCAGCAGCAGCAGCUGCUGCAUGCAUCGCUGCUGCCAGCUGCACUGAUGCUGCUGGAGGGGCCCCUGCUGCAGCAGCAGCUGCUGCAUGCGUGGGCUCAGGCUUUAGCAGCAAAACGAAGUCGACUCUCCAAACCCAUCAAGUGGCAUAUCGUCAAGAAGCACCGAUUAAUGGUAGCUGCGGAUUCUACAGGGCUUCUGCUCAGCCCCGGCCUGCCGCUGCAACUCUGCGAAGAAAUAAUUAAGUUAGAAAAUGCUGUAUGA